CUAAUGACUUGUUUUGAUACUUACACAAACUAAAUAUAAAAGGAAGGCAUCUUUCUUUUAAACCAAAGUGUGUUAUUCGCAUUAAUUUUCUUCCCAUGAUAUGUGAUUUAUACAGGUACAUGAAACAGAGCGACAAUGUUAAUUAUAAUAUUAUAAACGGAAGUUAUAGCCUGUCGUUCGCUAGUUAUUAUAAUGUCGUGUAACAACGUUUAUGAUAUCUGUAAUAAACAGUGUUGACUUGGAUUAUUUACAUUUUGUGACGUGUGUCGGGAAACAGUAUACUGAGACUAUAAUUGACAAUAUGAGUUGAAUAUUGAGACUUGGCUUUUAAAACCUGUUCACGUAAAGGCAAUCGCGUCCUUUAAAAUGCACGUCCACAAAUAAAUACUAACUAUACAUUUUGAUUCCGUUAUUGUUGUGGAGUAUUGUUCAGAGUGUUAGUGCUGCAGGAAUAUCAUCAGAUCAUACAAAACAGUUAUUCUCAGUAUCUUUGUUCAAGAUGUCACUUUUCAAGCGAGCACGAAAAUCGUCUAGUACAUCAAGUGAUCCAACUGAUGAAGGGAAAGAGGGCGUCUACAUAGAAUUCAGGUCGUCAAAGUGUAAAAAAUUUAUCCGGCUAAGUCCCAGCUCCAAGAAAAAACAUUCCAAAUCAUCAGAUCAGAAAGACGCAGACAUUUCGGUGCCGGGUUCCAGUGGCGUUCCAGGAGCAGGAAAUAACAUGGCAAAGUCGAAAAAUGACCAAAGAGUUCCGAAUGGACUUAACGACCAUGAUUUAAAACAAACAUUUGAAAUGUUUGACAAAAACCACGAUGGAAAGAUCUCAAGUGAAGAACUAGGGUGUGUAUUACGGUCCUUAGGGCACGAACAUUCAGCGAAAGAAGUGGAAGACAUGAUAAAAAAUGCAGAUACAAACGAAAACGGGUAUGUUGAGUAUGACGAGUUUAUCAGUAUGAUGCACCGGUUCCGUGAUGACUCGGAGGGGGAUCCAAAUUCCGCGGAAGCGAAAAAACGAGAAGCUUUCCGAGUAUUUGACAUGGAUGGUAAUGGAUAUAUAGACAAACAUGAACUUAAAUAUGUUAUGAGAAGAUUGGGUGAAAAUUUAUCAGAUGAUGACCUCAAAGCCAUGUUUACAGAGGCAGAUUUAAACGGAGAUGGAUUAAUCGAUUUCGACGAAUUUUCAAGAUUGCAUAUGGCAUGAGGCCUACCAGCAAGCUAUUGAUGCAUAAGUACUGGACAAGACACAAGUUUUUCUACAACACUACAUGCCGUUGAGGAGAUUAUUAACUUUUUUAUUUUGCUCACCGAGUUUUGCAAGUUUUGAUGUUUCAAGCAAGGCAUUCUGUUCAAACCAUUUUCAUUGACUUUGUUUCUUACCACUUAAAUGAAUAUUUAAAUGGUGAAAAGUUUGAUUUUUUCAUCGUUUAAUGGUUCACGUUACUGCGAUGCUUAUAUCUACAAGAUUUAAAUGUUAACCGUGUCUAUAGCACCAUUCAUCGUUGAAUAAUACGCACUAAAAUGUUCACUACAAGAAAAAACAACAGCUCUAUCUUCCAGAGGAAGAAAAGAAACCAUGAAGUUUCGAUAUUAAAAAAACCAACAUGCUUAUGAUGUUUUGAAGACUAAAGACUGAAACUGAAUGAAUAAGCAUAAUAACAGCGGACUUUGACAUACAGUCACGUGGAACUUACUCGGUCAGAUGUUACAGACUAGAGUAUUUGUCAUUUUGUUCAAGUAGACAUACAUAAGUACAUGGCUAUUGGUGACUAUUGGUUGAAGAAAAUUAAGUCAUCUAUUUUAAACAUAGCUUAACAAACAAACUAAGGUUGUUGAAACUAGUUAAAAUUUCGUGUAAACAUGAGAGAUUUAAUGGGAUUAUUAGCCAGGAGUUUUUAUUUAUUUUUCCCAGAACAUUUUGUACAUUUAUUUUAAAUAUAAGGUCGGAUCUCAGAUCUCGUUUUAGUGUUUAAGCUGAGCGUCACGUUAAAAAGACCAGUUUUAAUCUUUCUUUUUUUUUUUUAAAAAAAAUGGCAUUUAAAUUCUGUAUAAAAUUCUUAUAAAGUUUAUUGACAUCCUUUGUAGUUUUGACAAUUUUAUAGUAUUCUGAGCCUAUAUCAAUAUUUUUUACAGAGAUGCUAAUUGUUCUGUAUUAGCGUGACACCUUGCAUCCAUACUUAUUGUUUAUCUUUCAUACUGUUGUAGUACUCGGAUUCGUUUUUUUUUCUUCUAAAAAUGGCAACAUCAACAUAUUUACUAUAAGCACUGUAAAUUUAUGCAUUGAGAUUAGCAAGAAAAAAUGUGAUGUAUAUUUAUGUAAUUCAUCUUGUGUCUUUGUUUAUCAUGAAUUGUUUUGUUUGCUUUGAUAAUCCUACUUUGAAGUCAAGUUAAUACAUACAAUAUUAUUUUUAUACGUUUUCUAAAUGCACAUACACAUUUUAAAAACUUUUUAACAAACAUUACUGUGGUUGUUUCGAAAUGUGCUGUUUUUUUUUCAAAAACAUAUUUUUAAGAAGCAUUUCAAAAAUUAUUGAAGCUAGCUACAGUCUAGACUAGAUUAAUUUUUAUGCCCCCGAAGAGAGGCAUAUAGUUUUUGAACCGUCUGUCAGUCUGUCGGUCUGUCAGUCUGUCUGUCCGCAAUUUUCGUGUCCGGUCCAUAUCUUUGUCAUCGAUGGAUGGAUUUUCAAAUAACUUGGCAUGAAUGUGUACCACAGUAAGACGACUUGUCGCGCGCAAGACCCAGGUCUGUAGCUCAAAGGUCAAGGUCACACUUAGACGUUAAAGGUCAUUUUUCAUGAUACUGCAUUCGUGUCCGGACCAUAUCUUUGUCAUCGAUGGAUGGAUUUUAAAAUAACUUGGCAUGAAUGUGUACCACAGUAAGACGACGUGUCGCGCGCAAGACCCAGGUCCGUAGCUCAAAGGUCAAGGUCACACUUAGACGUUAAAGGUCAUUUUUCAUGAUAGUGCAUUCGUGUCCGGUCCAUAUCUUUGUCAUCCAUGGAUGGAUUUUCAAAUAACUUGGUAUGAAUGUGUACCACAGUAAGACGACGUGUCGCGCGCAAGACCCAGGUCCGUAGCUCAAAGGUCAAGGUCACACUUAGACGUUAAAGGUCGUAUUUCAUGAUAGUGCAUUGAUGGGCGUGUCCGGUCCAUAUCUUUGUCAUUCAUGCAUGGAUUUUAAAAUUAUUGGGCAUGAAUGUGUACCACAGUACGACGAAGUGUCGCGCGCAAGACCCAGGUCCGUAAGUCAAAGGUCCUAAACUCUAACAUCGGCCAUUACUGUUCAUUCAAAGUGCCAUCGGGGGCAUGUGUCAUCCUAUGGAGACAGCUCUUGUUUGUUAACAGUUUGACGUAAAUGACUUAUCAGGGCUAGUCAUUUUAUCAGUCAGAUAGAAUGUAUUUCGUGCAUAAGAAGAUUUAACUUAUGGAAUAAGCAAGGAUUAAUAUAUUCCUGCCAGUCUGGAAGUCCUUUUCUCUUCGUAGAUCAAAGUUGAUAUACCCAGACCACAUAAUAUAUGCUUUACAUUUAGUUUAUCAUGUUCUCUUCGCUCUAUAUUGUAUGCACCCAAUACAUUCCAGUAGGAAUAAUAAUGUGUAAUAACAUGAAAACCACCUAGGUGUGUGUAGUUGUGUAUUUCCGCGUGUUUAAAUAUCACCAGUACAGUUUGAACCAAGUAAAUUAUGAUCAUUCUAAAGAUUAUUAAGCUGGAUGAGCUGUAUUUUGUCAUGUGAUUAAAUUGACGUUCUUAUUAUGGAAAAAGGUUGUACUUGAUAUAGUUGUUAUUGAGAAAGAAAAAAAAACACAAAAUUUUGCUGUUUGCUAUUUUCAAACAAAUCGUCGUUCUAAAAAUAGAUUUAAAAUAAUUCUCUUUUAGCGAAAUUCAUGCUCAAAAUAUACAUAAAGAUGUUCUUAUAAAAUCUUUGCUUGUAAAACAGUGCUUUAUCCACAUUGAAAAGUAUCUGUCUGAAAACAAACUCGCGUAUAAUAUAUGAAAGAAAAACUGAAAAAAAAGAAAGAUUUUUUAUGAAAAAUACAAAUGUUUUUGUUUUUCAAGCGGCACUGCUACCAAUUGUCACGUGUCAGUGUAGAAACCAGAGCUUCCGAGUUCACGUAUAUCAUGUUUUGUGUCUGUUUUUUCCCACUGUUAGUUAUAAAUUUGGCAAAUGUCCCUAUGCAUUAUCACGAUGGGGAACCGACGUGACUUUUGCAUAAUCUGCACAGCACAGUCUAAUUGAUUUGUACUUGUCAUUAUUUAAAAGAAUGUUGUAUUACCUCAAACUUAUGUAUAUAAAAACCGGAAUGAAAAGCUUGUAGCCUUUUCAGUCUUCGCACAGCUGAGCCUUUGGAAGAAGACAAUAGUUAGAUAUAGAUGGCGUCUACAAAGCUGCAAACUCGGACAUUCAACAGACAAGAAUGCCUGUGUUGUGAGCGUCAAGUGAAGAAUGAUUAAUCUCAAUUCAAAUGUUAACCUCACAUGAAGCGGUGCAUCUUUAAAACUAUUUUUGGGUGAUUUUUCUGUACAAUGUGCUUAAAAGUCACGUGUUUCCUGUCGUGUUUCUGUGACUAUGAUAUUAUAUUGUUUUGUCUCCCCUGUGAUAUUUUGGUCGUAUGACAUAAUAUAAAUACUGUUACGUAAUCACGUGACAUGUUACCAUGUGCAAUGUUGUAUUUUUCUGAAGAUUCAAAAAUGGAGUUUUUUUUACCUUUUGUUUUGUUUUAACUGUAUCAUAAACCAAACAAACAUAUCCUUUUGAAGAUAUGAUAUUAACGUUGACAUUCUAUAAUAAAUACCAUACACUCUCUAUCUUGUGAGACUACUGACACCAUAAGUAUUCGUCUUACAGCCCUGUUUCUAUUCUGCAAAAUGCAACGCAAAAUUUGUUGAGUAGCUGGUGUCAUAAUAAAAUC